UUUGGGACACUAUUUGUAUUGCUGUAACCCUCUAUCUAUCUCUUCUCUUGAUAACCCCAUUUAAACCUCAGAUUUUGUCAUCACUUCUCAUUAUAACCAUCAUCAUCACACUCUCUCUACCUUCAUAAUAAUCAUAAUUCAUAAUCACCAAUUCUCUCUAUUCUCUCUUCCAAACAAACCAUUAUCCUUUUCCCUUGUUUUUUUCCUCUUGUUCCCUUUCCCCUUUCAACCCUACAAUUCAACAAACCCUAAUCAACAAGACAUGGACAUCACCUCAAGAAACAUAGAUGCAGAUUCUCAAAUACAACCAAACAUAACCUUAAAGUCUUCACCUUUCACAAACGGCACACAUAAACGCCAAGUUACAGCCACAACCACCACAAACACCACUACUCCACCACCACCACCACCGCCACAGCAACAACCACCAUCAUCAUCCAUGGUUGUUUCUUACAAAGAAUGUCUCAAAAAUCAUGCUGCAUCCCUAGGUGGACAUGCACUUGAUGGAUGUGGUGAAUUCAUGCCACCAUCAUCUCUCAAUCCCAAUGACCCUAGAUCCCUCAAAUGUGCUGCUUGUGGCUGUCACCGGAAUUUCCACCGCCGUGAGCCACAAGAGCAUAUCCUCACCACGACCACUUCCACCACCGCUACGGCAACAGCCAGCGCGAAAAACAGUCCACCUUUUCUUAACUGUAUCUACACAACACCUUCAACAACAGUUCCACCACCACAACCACCACCGCCGUUACCACUGCCACACCGUGGUCCAAUUAGUCAAAGCACAAGCCCAAGUCAAAGUACAAGCCCAAGUCAUAGCCCAAGUCCAAUUUCAAGCCCAUCAUCACCACCACCACUCUCACAUUUACCACCUUCUUAUCAUCACUCUUCAGCUCCUCACAUGCUUUUAGCUCUUGGUGGAAAUGCUUAUUCAACACCACCACAACACUCUGAUCAUGAUCAACACCACCACCACCAUCAAAACCAUCUUCAAAGAAAUCUCAAUUUUGCUUCAUCUGUUGUUAAGCUUGAGAGCCACAACAACAACAACAGUCACAACAACACAAGUAGUGGGAAAAAGAGGUACAGGACAAAAUUCAGCAAGGAGCAGAAAGAGAAGAUGCAUGGUUUUUCUGAGAAAUUGGGUUGGAAAAUGCAAAAGAGUGAUGAUGGUUUGGUUCAGAAAUUCUGCAAUGAGAUUGGUGUUUCUAGAGGAGUUUUCAAAGUUUGGAUGCAUAACAACAAGAAUAAUAGCUUGAGGAAGAAAUCAGAAUCUGAUGUUGGAAUUGGAAUUGCUACUCAAAUUGCUACUCAAAAUGAUGAUAAGAACAAUGUUGGUAAUGGUAAUGAUGAUGCUUCCAACAAUGUCAUUCAUCAUAUGAAUGAAGAUCAUGGGUGUGUCAAUGUUCAUGUUUCUUCUGUUAAUGGUUUAUCUUCUUAAUUAAUUAGUCUUUUUAAUUAUUUUUCAAGGAACUAAGAUAAAUGGGAAUUAAGCUUAAUCUAGUAGAGAUUUUAUUUUUACCAUGAUCUGUGGUUAUUUUUGUUCAUUAUUAUCCUUUGUAGUUUUUCCUCUUUUUUAAUUAAUCCAAGGUCUUAACUUUGCCCAAUAGUGUAAUUUUGGUGUCUCUAUAUGAUGACAACAUAAAUGUAAUUGAGAUUUGAGACCACAUCUAUUUUAUUUAAGUGAAAUUCUAUGCAUUA